CUCUAACCACUAGACCCCACUGCUCUCCUGGAGCUGGGGAGAGAACCCAGGAGUCCUGCCCCCCCUCACUUUUCACCCCCCUCCAUCUCCCAGCUUCUUUUCCGGUGUGGGGCGGGCACAUGCCCCGUGCAGGGUGUGCGGCUCUGCCCGCCCCUGCCUCCCUCCCCAGCCCCGGGGCCACCAGCCGCUCGGUGCCUCCUGCGGGCUGACGUCCUUCCGCCCCGGCCCUGCAGCACCGGCGGGUUGGGCUGCGGAGGGAGCCGACAGCAGCCGGGGCAGCCCGGUGCCUGCAUCGAGCUGACCGGCCUCAGCCCUGGGAGGACAGCGGGGAGCCCUGGCCGUGCGGGGGGCUGCGGAGCGAGGAGUUGCCUGGCCUCACUGCUGACGUAUCAGGCUGUGGAAAUCAGAGCUGUGUGGAGCUGACUCAGGACAACAGGAGGAUCUGACCCGCUCACAGGCCAGCGCCCCACGGCUUUCGUUUCCCCGUCCCUCUCCCACACGGCCGGGAAGAGCAGGACGAGGAUGGGGCCGCGCGGCUGGCUCUGCCUGGUGCUCCCCUGGGUGCUGUGCCAGGGCACCAGCCGCACCCAGCCCGAGCAAGUGCAUCUCUCCUACCCAGGCGACCCCACCGCCAUGACCGUCACCUGGACGACCUUCAACCGGGCCGGCUCCAUCGUGGAGUUCGGCCCAGAGCCGGGCGAGGUCUUCACCACCUCCGCCAAGGGCCACGCCAGCCGGUUCGUGGACGGCGGGUGGUUGCGCCGCAGUAUGUUCAUCCACCGGGUCACCCUGCGGGGCCUGGCCCCCGGGCAGCGCUACGCUUAUCGCUGCGGGAGCCCCCUGGGCUGGAGCCGGGUCUAUGGCUUCCGGGCUCUGCAGAAUGGCACCGACUGGAGCCCGCGUCUCGCUGUCUUCGGUGACAUGGGGAACAUCAACCCCCAGUCCCUGCCCAGGCUCCAGCGCGACACGCAGCAGGACAUGUACGACGUGAUCCUGCACGUAGGGGAUUUUGCCUAUGACAUGGACCAGUGUAACGCCAGGGUUGGAGACGCCUUCAUGCGCAAGAUCGAGCCCGUCGCCGCCUCGGUGCCGUACAUGACGUGCCCGGGGAACCACGAGGAGAAAUACAACUUCUCCAACUACCGUGCCCGAUUCAGCAUGCCCGGUGACACGGAGGGGCUGUGGUACAGCUGGGACGUCGGCCCUGCCCACAUCAUCUCCUUCUCCACCGAGGUGUAUUUCUACCUGAACUAUGGCCGUCACCUUGUCCAGGAGCAGUACCAAUGGCUAGAGAGAGACCUACAGAAGGCCACGCGGCCGGAUCGGCGCCGGCGCCACCCGUGGAUCAUCACCAUGGGGCACCGGCCCAUGUACUGCUCCAACAACGACCUCGACGACUGCACGGAGCACGAGAGCAUCGUUCGCCGAGGGCUCCCCCAACAUCUGUACGGCCUGGAGGACCUGUUCUAUAAAUACGGUGUCGAUCUAGAGCUGUGGGCCCAUGAACACUCCUACGAGAGGCUGUGGCCUGUCUACAACUAUCAGGUCUACAACGGCAGCGCCAAAUCGCCCUACACCAACCCCCGGGCGCCCGUCCACAUCAUCACCGGAUCGGCCGGCUGUAAGGAGAGGCUGGACCCCUUUGUCCCCAACCCACGGGAGUGGAGCGCCCUGCGCAUCGAGGACUACGGCUACACGCGCCUGCAAAUCCUCAACCGCAGCCACAUCUGGCUGGAGCAAGUGUCCGACGACCAGGACGGGAAAGUCGUGGAUGGGAUCUGGCUCAUCAAGGAGUUGCACGGCCCCAAAGCUUGGCAUUAGCCUGGCAGGAGGCCCCAGCCCUGAGUUGAGCAGAGGGACUGCGUCCCCAGGACCCCCUGAAAUCCUCGUUAUGUGGCUGGAGGCAGAGCUCCCUGCGGGGCUACAAACGAAUCUGAUCAAAUCCAAAGGCCGCUCUGGCAGGGCCUGAUGUAUGGCACUGGAAGGACACACCUGCCCCUGGAGCUGGGUCUUUAUGACGGUGAACAAGCGCUUUGCUGCAACUGAGCGUAUUAGGUCUCAGAGCACUUUCUACGGGUGGGGUUGUGUCUGUGUAUUCCCAGUUUAUAGACGGGGAAACUGAGGCACAGAGCAAGGAAGAACCUUGACCAAAAUCAUAGAUGUAGGGUGUCUUGCUUUCCAUUUGUCCCUGCCCUAAUCACUAGAUCCCAUUCCCUUCUCAGAGUCAGGAAUAGAACCCAGGAGUCCUGAUUUCCAGCCCCCCGCUCUAACCACUACAGCCUACUCCCCUCGGCAGGAACAGAACCCAGGAAUCCUGAUUCCCAGCCCCCCUGUUCUAACCACUAGGUCUACCCCUCACCUCUAUGAUGUCAGGAAUAGAACCCAGGCAUCCUGACUCCCAGUCCUUUGUUCAAGCCACUGGCCCAUUCUGCCUCUUACAAAAAAACCCCCAUAGAGUUAAAAUGUUCUCCAGAGUCUGCCUGAGGCAUCUCCACCUCUCGAAUCUUUCUAGCCCUCAGACUGUGUGUGGGGGAAGGGGUGCCGGGAGCUGAUGGUUUUCUUUCCUUAUUUGCUCUUUCCUCCAUGAGCUGAAGCUAGGACCAGGCCUUCUCCCCUGCUGCUGGUCCCUGUAAUGCAAUAAGCCCCACACGGAGCUGCCAGGCGGCGAGGGAUGGGGCUAGAUUUGCCUUUCGCCAUCAAGCGCGGCCCACGGUACAUCUCUGAGGUUCGCUGUACGAUCCUUCAUGCUUCGAGCUACGCGCUGGGUCUUUUGUAUUGAUGCUCUGGAAAUGAACGACACAAAAUCAAGCUCAAAA